AUGCUCGGUGGUCUCUUCCUCCUCGUUGCAACAUUUGCGAUGCUACACGCCGCUUUCUCCACGUAUGAACACCUCUCUUACCUGAAAGCGUUAGGAAGACCGGAAGGCGCCCUCCCGCCAGACAUCGUGCUCGAGGCAAUGUCCGCUCUCGUACUUGGCAUAGUUGGUGCAGCCAUCCGGUCACCAGCACUCCGAGAGGUGACCUGGCGGGGCGAAAUGAAACGCCGGACUAUCGAUGACCAGCAUCCUGGAAUGUCAUUCGCUACCUUUACUCAGCGUGCCGGGUUUAUAAGCAGCCCCGGCGUUCGCCACGAAGGCGAACCCGAAGGAAAGAUCGAACAGAUCUCCGGCGUUGAAUGCUACGUAGCAACACCCAGCGGCGAUUACCCUAAGGACAAGGUAGUCCUAUACCUCACUGAUGUCUUCGGUAUUCCCCUCAAUAACAACAAGCUCCUCGCAGAUGGUUUUGCCAAGAAUGGAUACAAAGUCGUCAUGCCCGACAUUCUCGCCGGAGACCCCAUUUCCGACGAGAUGUUGAACAGCACGACAUUUGACCGCUACGGAUGGCUUGCCCGUCACGACGAGGACACGUGGAUCCCUGGUUUGAACAGGGUCGUCGAUGCGUUGAAGACGAGCGGCGUGACGCGCUUCGCGACAACGGGGUACUGCUUCGGUGCCCCUCCCGCGUUCUACCUGGCCCUCAAGCACGAGACUCAUGUCAGCGUCGUGUCGCACCCGUCGCGUUUGCAGGCGCCUACCGAUUUUGAGAAAUAUCGUGAUGUUGCGACCGCCCCACUGUUGAUCAACAGUUGCGAGGACGAUCCAAUGUUUCCGCUGGCUGACCAGGCGAUUGCGGACCAGAUCCUUGGCAACGGCAAGUUUGCACACGGGUACGUGAGGACGUACUGGGACAAUUGCAAGCAUGGCUUCGCCGUUCGUGGUGAUAUGAAUGAUGCGAAGGUGAAAGCAGCCUUUGAAGGCUCGUUCAAAGCGACACUGGAGUUCUUCCGCAAAUACUUAUAG